AUGUUUCCAAUCCCUGAUGAUCCUGGUUUGAUACCAGCUUUCUGGACCAUUCAGGAACGUCGACCUUCUUACACAGACGACGGUAUAAUGAAAUUUUUCGAUUUAGUUAAAGCAUCCUAUAUGAGACCUAUACAAGCAAUGGAAGACAUGUUACAAACUAAUAAAAUCAAUUUACAAUAUUACGGACUCAAUUCCCGUAUCAUUAAACCCUUAUGUGAAGCUUUGAUGAAAAAUCCUACUGUGAAUACGAUCAAUCUUACAGGUAAUUGGUUAUCAGAGGAUGCCUGUUAUCAUUUAAAUGAACUGUUUUUAAAAAACAAUAUAAUACACACUUUGUUAUUAUCAGGAUGUAAAAUCGGUGCAAACGGUGUUGCGAAAUUAUAUGAUGGAAUUUUUAUGAAUGAAACACUGAAAAAAUUAGAUCUUUCCGAUUGUAAUUUACGUAAAGAAGGUAUUGACUAUCUUAUACAGGCAAUUUGCAAUAAUGAAAGCAUUGAAACUCUUUUAUUGAAUCACAAUCAUCUCGACGAAUCGUGUUCAGAUGCUUUGCAAAAAUUAGUCAGUUGUUCAAAGACAAUAAAACAUUUAGAAUUAUCUUGGAAUUCCUUAUACACAACAGAAACUUGGAAGAAAUUUAUUAGAGGACUCGAGGAAAAUGAAACUUUACUCGAUCUUGAUUUAUCUUGGAACGCUUUAGGAAAAGAAUGUAUUUCGUAUUUGCGUCGAUUAUUAUUGCGAUCUUCAACAUUAAAAAAAUUGCAUCUGAAUGGAAAUCGUUUUACUAAUGAUGAUGUAACUGUCAUCGCAAGAGCAUUAUCAAGGAAUGCAACACUCGAGGAGCUAUAUAUAGGUGACAAUCCUUUCAAAGCUGAUGGUGCAUUUGCUCUCGUUAAAGCAAUUACGCCAGAGAAAUCGUCAGAAAGUCAGCUACGUAUUUUAGAUCUUACGAAUAUCUGGGCAAACAAGAACAUAAUACCAGAACUUGAAACAAUUCAAAAUAAUAAACCAUGGGUCGACAUUAAGUUGGGAGGUAUAUUUAGUAACUAUAAAAUUGAAGGUCCAGAUGUAAAAGCAAUACUUUUAAAAAGAGCCAAUUAUGAAGCCAUGAGACCAAAGAAAAAACGACGUCGUAAAAACUUUGGUCAUUUUGUGUUAUCACUUUCUGAUGAUCUCAUUUCAAAAGGAAAGUUUUUAGAACUAGUGCAAAAUUUCCAAUUAAUCUUAUCUAAAUCUUUAUUAAAUGAACUAAUGAUUGCAUUUACUGGUAUAAAAAAUACAGUCGAUCAAGGCUUAUUAAAAUCUGUUUAUAUGAAACAAUAUCCGAAUACAAAACUUCCAACAGAAAAACCUAAAAAAAUCAAAAGUAAAAAAAGAAAAAUUAAAAAAGAAAAAAUAAAAGAAACUAAGGAGGAAGAGAAUCUAUGAAAAAGAAUUUUAUAGUUUAUUUAUAAUAUCUUAAUUU